CGCAAGACAUGGAUGUUUGCAACUCGGGAAGUUUUGUGCUUUAGUUUCAGAGCGAUGGAUGCAAGACUUGAGAGGCCUGUCAUUAGCAAAACAGGAAAUCUGAAAACACUGUGCUGCAGCAGAUGAAGUGCGGCAUCAUGCUGGGUCACAGCUUCUUACUGACUCUUCUUCUCCUGUCAGGCGCUUCACAACAAUGCAGGGACGGCAUCAGUUUUUUCAUCACAACUCCUCCGUACUUGGAGGGCCUGAGAGGAUCCUGUGUGCUGAUCCCCUGUAACUUCAGCAUCAAAGCAGAGCCUGGAUUGGAUCACAACAGCCGCAUAGAUGCGAUCUGGCUUGUCAAUCGUAGCACAUCGGAGGAGACCUUUGUCUUCAACAGCAAAGACCAAGACAACAUAUAUCCAAUGGAACUCAUCGGAAACAUGAGUGAAAGCAAUUGCUCGACUUUGUUUUCCAAUUUGGAACCAAAAUACUCAAAGACAUAUGUCUUUAGGAUUGAGAAUGACAAUUACAAGUCAUAUGCUUGUGAACGUCUUCGGAUAAACGUCACAGACUCUCUGAUACCAGAUAUGAUCGACCCAGGGGAGCAGAAAGAGAACAACACCAUCACCAUCACCUGCACUGCCCUGACUCCUUGCCCUCAGUCUCCUCCAACACUCACCUGGAAUCUCUCACGACAGCCCAAGAUCACCAGACACCAAAACAAGGACGGAACCUUCACCAGUAAAAUCCAACAUGCCAUUACUCUGUCGGACCACCACGACGGUCUCAACAUCCAGUGCAAAGCUUCCUAUCCGGUGAAUAUCGGAAACGGAGUGAAGCUCUCUGACAGGAAUCUGACCCUCCGUGUUUUAUAUGCUCCCAAAAACACCACAGCAGAGGUCAGUCCAUCCACUGUGGAGUCAGCUGGCACAUUUGUGAACUUGAGCUGCUCCAGUCGAGCCAAUCCUCCUGUCAGCCUCUUCACCUGGUUCUGGAUCAGUUCAGAGGGAGCUGUGAACGUGUCUGUGGGCGACUUGUUCACAGUCAACGUGACGGAGAGACAAGAGUAUUACUGUGAGGCCAGGAACCAGCUGGGAGCAGGAACUUCACAGAGGAUCACGCUGAGCGUCCCUGCUACCUUUGAAGUUUCAGUUCUGUGGUCCAUAAUGAUUGCUGCUACUGUUGGGCUCGUGCUGCUGAUGUGCCUGGUUAUGUACUUCUGUUGGCUGAGAUCAGCACAGCGACUGCAGAGACGAACUGACGAAGACCUGGUUAAUGGUGAAAGCAAAGUCGAUGAAGACAUUCAUUAUGGUGAAAUCCACUUCUCUAAACAGGCGCCAAAGUCGGCUGAAGUUUUCACAGAGCAGACGGAAACAGUGUACUCACAAAUCAAAGUGUCCAGACCUGCUGGGCCCUCAGGAGGCGUCCAGGCCCAGGUGGAGAGCAGUUAGAUGUAAGGAGAGUUUGUCAGGGCUUAUGUGAAUUCAUCUAUCUAUGCUUGAGGAGCACCGCUGGGCAGCUCAAUAUUUAUGUCAAAGAUAUCAAAGUACCAGAGCAGAGGAGGGCAAUUAAAUUUCCAAAGGGGCCAGGUUAUAUAUUGUGACCGUCAAAGAAAGGAGGGUAAGAGAAAAAUGAAAAUAAAAAUCAAGCGAUGGCAUCAUGUGUAUUUAUGAAAGUACACUUUAAAAAUGCACAGACAAUGUUGUUAUGUUGUGUUUUAUUUUGUUUAAACCACAUGCUGUUUAAAGAUUCUCGAUGUGUCUCAUACAUUUCAAAAUCUACUUUCAAUUCUCAUGUAUUUGAAGGACAAGAAAUACGGAAAAGACAAACAAUUAAGAAAAAUAAUGAGAAAGUUAUGUGUCAGUAGCACCAUAAUGAAGAAAAAAUAAUGCACAAGACAAAAAUGUCAGCGACUACAACGUCACUUUUAUAGUUCUACUCUGACUCCUGGUGGGCCAUAUAAAUUAAGUCAAUGGGUCGCACAUUGCCCUGGUCAGCACGAGAGCAAAACUGAACUUCGUGUACUCUGAUUCUAGCAAUGGACUCUUAUGAGUACACAUUUUCUCAUUAGAAAUGAUGUAUAUUUUCUAUUUGUAUCAGGGAUUUUAAACAUUUUGAGACAUAGUUGCUGCAUUCUCAGUAAAAACUUCUGCUUUGUUUCUUCCAAAUCAACCACUAGAUAGUAAACAACGACCUCCUCCUCUGGCUUGGCUUGAGAAGACUGGCAAAACACAAAAUAUCCAUUCAACAGUCACUUUUUUUAGCAAACUGUAUCGAAGUGUUUCUUGCCUAAAACAACUAUUUCAAAAGUUUUUGUUUUCUUUGUGAGUUUAAAUAGUCUAAUUCAUUUUGUCCAAUUCAAUAGACAUGCAUGUGCUUGCAUCGUUUUUCAAGUAUCUGAUGUGUGACACAAGUAUCUUCAACCAUAUUUGCAGUACAGCUGUGCCACAGAAGCUCAAAUAUCAAAACUUGCUCUGUAGAUUUUUACUAUAUAUUUCAUCAUAAAUAUUCAAAUGUUUACCACAGCUCGAUGUUUGGAAUU